UGCACGUGGACACCCUUUUACAUUCGCGAAAACAUGUCCGAACCUUUAGCAUCCGUCGCCGAGAACAAGCUAAAUGAGCUUAAUAAAAAUAUCAUCGAGAUCAAGAAGAAAAUCCAGUUGUCAGAGGGCCAAAGAAAAGCUAACUUUGAAGAAUACGAUGUAAAGAAACGGGAGAAUGCUGAAAAAAUUAUUAAUCUCAAGAAAAAAAUCAAAGAACUCUACGUGAAAUAUGCGAGAGCGAAAAAUAAUAAAGAAGCGAUGGAACAGGCAGCUCUGCUGAGCCGUGAUUCUAUAGCUUGCAUAAAGAAAGACAGUUUAGAUGAGAUUAUUGCUACAGCAUGCGAGAAUAAUAUGCGUCUAAGAAAAAAGCUAGAUUUAACUAAGUACGAAAAAGAAAAGCAACAACACACCUUAAAUGUUUUACAAACAGAAAGCAAGGAAUUGAUGCAUAGACGAAGUCAUUGUGUGUUGAAGAAAAAGUCUGAAAAUUCGAUGAAAAGGAAAAUCGAGAGUUUGGAAGUUCGAUUGGAGCACAUUCGAAUGAUGCAAAUUAAAGCGAAUAUCUCGCGUAUGAAAUUUCGUUCUGUUUCCUCAGAGUUAAAAGAGAAAUCGGUCUUUUACGCCUCAUCUUUAAAAGACCUAGAAGACGGUAUAAAACAGCAAGAGCACGAGAUCAAACGUUUACAGGGAGUGAAGGAAGAAGCUAUUGAAUUAAGAGAUAGCACUCAAGAAACCCUGGUGAAGGAAGAAAUCGAGGAGACAAACUCUAGCAAAAAACGCGAUUUCAUCAUCAAAGAAUACAGACAGCGGGUGUCAGAGAGAAAGAUGGAAUUGGAACGUUUGGAACGAAUGAUAUUUCAUACUCGUCCCCGGGAUGAUUUCGAAACACGUGGGAAAAAUCGUAUACAGGUACAAGAAGACAUUAUCAAGGACGAGCUGGCGCGGCUGGAGGAAACGUUCGCCAAACUGCGGAAUGCUACCGGAGUGUCCAGGUCAGAGGAAGUUCUGAACCGGUUUCUGGGUCAGCAGGCGACCAAGGAGAGUCUACAGAAAAUGCGAGCGGCAACGGAGCAGGAGAAGGUGAUGCUUGAAAAGAAGAGGCAGGAACUCAGCACCGAGAUAGAAACGAGAAAAUUUUCGGAAACGAAAAGCGCCGAACAAAAUGCAGAGAUAGUGGCAAAACUGAACUCGCAAAUUGACGAACAACAAUGUCGAAGAGAGAGAGCAGAAAUUGCAAGUCGACGAGUGCGGGAACUCCUCAACGAUGUAACUAGUACGCUGUAUAAAUUGUAUGAAAAAUUUCAGGUGAGAAUUAUCAAUUAUAAGUUUAUAAACGACAAAGUCUAG